AUGGCGAUGUUGACUGAACUCCUUUUCAUCUUUUGGCUGUCAUUCCGUAUAACCACCGGAGGAGGAGAAGGAGGAGGAGGAGACGUCCCUCUCCCAGUGACUGGCCGUGUAGGGGAGACUGUCACACUGCCGUGCCCUCUGACUCUCACACAUCCCAUUGAUAGAAUCACAUGGAUGUUUCAUGUCAAUGGGGAAAUAAUAUUCCUGGCUGAAUUCAGAGACCAGAAGUUUAUCAGAGAGAAUGGGAAUUAUUUCCCCAACCGGCUGGAAGGGUCUAACAGUGGCACCGCAUUACUGAUCAGGGAGCUGAGAAUGGAGGAUUCUGGGAUCUUCACUGCACAGUUUCUUGUUAAUGGAGAAAUACGAGUCAUAAAUUAUAAUCUCACUGUGUUGGAGCCUCUCCCCAUCCCUACACCAGUAAUAGAGAAGACAUUAGAUGGGAAUUCCUCUGAUCUCUGCCAUCUUCAUUGUUCUGUCCCAUCAAACUCACCAACCCUGUCCUACAGUUGGACCUACAGAGAUACUGGCACUGACAGACUAUAUGCCAAUGGCAGCACAAUCACUGUAUCACUGAAGGAUAAGGCAUUGGGGGCAGAAUUUACCUGCUGGGUACAGAAUCCUGCUCACAGGAACAGCACAUCCACCCCUUUAUAUCCAUGUGGGGAGGCACAAAGGAAGGAUGGAACUUGCAGGAUGAAAUUAUACAUGUAUCUUCCUGCUCUUGCUGUACUCUGUACAGUACUCGCUACAGUAAUAUUUGUUGCAAAAUAAAAGCCCACAAGAAACCAACUCUAUGGUAACGGCCCAUCCUUUUUGAAACGGUUACCAUCCUGUUACUAAUUAGGGAUGAUUAGGAGGUAUGCAAUUAUGAUGCAGAAUUUGCUAGUUCUUAGGGUUUCUUCCAGCACUGAUAGAGGUUAAAUCUUGUAAUUCAACCUGCCAAUCACAGGAAGGCAGAAGACUUUAUUGACCCUGCCCCCCUCAGCCUGUUUUCCUGAGCAACAGGUUUUCUUGGUUCUUGUAAGAAUUCUGUGUAGUAGUUGGAGUUAAUCUUAUUACAUUUUCUGUGUAUAACCUUGACCCUCCUCUUUAACUAAGAAAAUGAAUAUUUCCUUGUUGCUUCUGUGAACUCCUGUGUAUGACUCAGCGUCCCCCUGACUUUGCCUCCAAUCUGUUACACUGGCUGUGACCUGGCUUGGCCCUAAUUCUGAUUCAAUCUAAUCCCCUGGCACUGCAAUAACUGGCGUCUGCUU